AUGGGACGGCGAGGAGACAUCGUCGUCCUGGCGUUCGCCGUCGCUGUGGCGGCGACGGUUGCGGCGGGUUUCAACGUGACGACGAUGCCGUUCGACGAAGGGUUUGCGCCGCUGUUCGGCGACGAGGUUGGGAAUCUCGUGAGGUCCGGCAACGGACGGACGGUCAGCCUCCUCCUCGAUCGCCUCUCCGGAGCUGGAUUUAUAUCGUCGGAGAUGUAUCAGUACGGAUUCUUCAGCGCGUCGAUCAAGCUGCCGGCGGACUACACGGCGGGGAUUGUGGUGGCCUUUUACACAUCGAAUGGAGACGUAUUUGUGAAGAACCACGAUGAGUUAGACUUCGAGUUCUUGGGCAACAUUCAAGGGAAGGAGUGGCGCGUACAAACCAAUGUGUACGGCAACGGUAGCACCGAUCGUGGCCGUGAGGAGCGAUACUACCUCCCUUUCGAUCCCACCGCUGAUUUUCACAAUUAUUCCAUCCUUUGGACCGCCCAAAAUACAAUUUUCUACAUCGAUGACGUCCCAAUCCGCGAGGUGCGGCGGUCCGCCGCGAUGCGCGGCGACUACCCGUCGAAACCCAUGUCGCUGUACGCCACCAUCUGGGACGCCUCCAGCUGGGCCACCUCCGGCGGCCGCUACAAGGUCAACUACAAGUACGCCCCCUUCGUCUCCCAGUUCUCUGACCUCGCCCUCCUCGGCUGCCGCGUCGGACCCCUUCAGCAAUCCGUCUCCCCCGGAUGCGCCGCCGCCGACGCCCAGCUCGCCGCCACUGGCCUCGCCGAUCUCACCUCCGACCAGCGUCGGGCAAUGCGCACCUUCCGCGAGCGCUACAUGACCUACUCCGUCUGUCACGACCGCAUCCGAUACCCGGAGCCGUUCCCCGAGUGCGACGCCAGCGAGUCCGAGAAGAGGCGGUUCAACGAGUCCGGCCAUUUGAGGUUCCGCCGAUACCGCCGCCGCAAUCCGCGACGCGCUAGGGUUUCGGCGAGGGCUGACUCGAGGAGGCAGCGGCUUGCGGCAUCAUCUUAACUUGAAGUAAGUUGUGAAGAUAUCAUGCUUAAUUUGGUGGCGUAAUUUGAUACAAAUUCCUGGAUUGCUUUGCAAAUAUCUAUAAUUAAUGGAAACUAUUUGUACUUGCAAUAUGUGAUUCUUAAUCAUU